AUGCACAGCAACCGUUCCACGUUGGGUUCGACUCGGGCUCUCUCUCUGAGCACUGAGCAUAUGAAUAAGGAGCCCUCAUUGAUCGCUAUUCCUCCUCCAAUGUCCAACCUUCCAUACGAUCCUCCCCACCUGUCAAGAUGGCAACAAGCGCCUCAAAGAUUUCAGGGGGGCAAUAAUUCUCGCUCCGGCAGCGCUGUCGCCUCUCGAAUCGAUGCCUUACAGCAACACCAGUCCACCGCUAAGUCUGCUACUCUCAACGACCAGUUUCGCGCCCUCACUCUGCACCCCAGAAACCACUGUGAUCCCCAUCGGGCGUCCACAAUUCGGCCAGGAAUCAUAGACACAAACACUUAUGAACUCUCAGACGAUCUGCGCGCAAAGGAGGUGGACCUAAUGGAACGCUGCUAUGGAGGGAGGUUGAGAGCUCAACGCGCUGCCCGCAUUAUUCAGCGCAAGUAUCGCGAGUAUCGUAUGCGUGCCCAGUACGCUCAACUGAGAUCAGACCGACGGCUGACCAACCGACUGACCAACGGACUGAAUAGCUACUACCCUGAGGAUCAGCGUGAAGCACAACACUUGGCAAGUAUGGAGGAUCUCGUAAUUGAUCGAGCCUAUCUGGACUGGGAAAGUGAGGCUGCGGGUAGUCCAGGAGGUGGCUCCAUUCCCGACCUCACAGUAGAGGCGAAGGGCAGUCGCUCGUCUGCUCCAUCAGGAACAACUGAGUCACCUGAGUCUGGUGAGGUUUCAUCGCACUCCUGUUCCAAUCUAACUGCACCGAAGGGCCACCACCCACCGCAACCUUCCAGUCCUGGGACAGGAACCGGUUCUACCUCUGGUUUUGUCUCUUCCCCAGGGUCGUGUUCCUCUGGCUCUUUGCCGACCGAAAAUGCACCAUCUAAUGCGCAAGUCACAAGACAGCCAUCGGAGCACCAGACUCAACAGUCGCUUGUGUAUUAUGUCGUGGAUAGGGGGGAGGAACAACGCGUGCAUCAGCAAGCUCAACAACUUUAUGUAGCAGUUCCCGUAAGAUCGGACCAACAGUACAUUAAUAUAGCACCUCAACAUCAGUCCCAGCAACAGCAACGAUACCUGACUCAACCAGCAACAGCGGCUGCAGUGCUAGUUCGUCGCUGCAGCACAGGUUCGAACUCGGUGCAGGCACCUGUAUGGUGCACUCCCGAUGGGAAGAUGUAUACUCUGGCCUAUGCAGAACAACCGGCGACGACCCUGGUUGUCUCGCCUCCCUCUCGUCAGCCAAUAGUCGUAGCUCCGAUUCGAAGGGAGGGCAAUGGUGGGGCUUUGGGGAAUUCGCCGGUUCUCUUGCAGCUCCAUCAUCACUCUGCUGCCCCUUCUGCUGGUGUUGCUUCGGCGGCCAAUGUAGUGCCGGUGAGUUCGAGAACUCCUGUCACUAGUGCGGCGGUUGCAGACAGGUGCCGAAAACGCCUCUACCGAGUAUGCUUGAACUAUUUCAACAAGUCGCCGGUGAAGGGUAUGGACAUGCUAAUUAGGUUCCGGUUUCUUGAAGCAUCUCCGCGUCAGAUAGCACGUUUCUUGCACAUCCGCAGGGGAUUGGCUCGUACUGCGAUUGGGGAGUACUUGGGAGAAAUGAAACAUGAUCUGUGUGUUGCAACGGCUCGCCAAUUCAUCAGGCAAGUGGACUUUCGGGAGAAGGAGAUUGACGAAGCGUUGAGGCUCAUGAUGUCACUGUUCCGCACUCCCGGAGAGUCGCAGAAGAUAGUGCAUCUCAUGACAGCCUUUCAAUUAGCCUACGUAGAGCAGAACUCGGCUCGUGUGAAGGCGCAGUUCCGCAACCCUGAGUCGGUGAUGAUCCUCGCUUACGCCAUCAUCAUGCUUCACACCGACAUGUACAGCCCCAAUGUGCGACCUGGCUCUAAAAUGACUCGGGAGGACUUUGUUAACAACCUCCGUGGCAUUGAUGACGGUGAAGACCUGGAUAGGAACCUGUUGCUGGCCAUAUUUGAUCGAAUGCAGGCCGGCGAGAUGCUGGUGGCACCGGACCACACGGAUCAGGUUCGUCGUGUUCACCGCCUUCUCACUGGACCCCUGCGACCUACCAAUCUUGUCCUGCCUCAGCGUCGUCUAGUCUGCUACUGCCGUCUCUAUGAGGUCCCAGACAAGACAAAACGUGAUCGAAGUGGACCACAUCAACGGGACGUUUUCCUCUUCAACGAUCUCCUCCUAGUGACUAAAGCUAUCCGCAAGCGUAGGAAGGAGUCAUCCUCAUCCUCCAACGCCACCACAACCUAUCAGGUGCGCGCCUGUAUAACCCUGUUGGGAAUCCGAGUCACCACCUUCGAGACAUCGCAUUACGAGAAUGGCUUCUCGCUUUAUCACUUGGAUCAGUCCAGCACCGCUCUAAACAGUGACAGUGACGAAAAGAAGAAGGGCUCGGCGUCAUUGUCAUCAGCAUCAGCGAAGCGUACUGGCAGUCAAAAGAUUGCCAGUGAAUCAUCACGUGGUACUCCGGUGAUUAGUUUUAAUGCAAAAACACAGUCGGAUAAACUACGGCUUCUGGAGGACAUUCAGGAGUGCAUAACAGAAACGUUGGAAAUGGACCGGAUUCGACUGGAUGACGUGCUCUGCAAGCAAACUUCUAUCCCAAAACCCCAGGAUGCUGCUGCGAUCAACUACGGCCUACCACAGGCGACAGUGACAGUAGCGCCCAUGCCUCACUCCCGCCACACCAGAGGUGGCUGUUACCAGUCUCAUUUGAGUGCUGACACCACCCCUGUGGGUCUGCUUGCCUCCACUCGCGGCACUGGUGUCUGUGCGCCCGACUACCACAACCAUCAACCCCAGCAAAACCACCACGUGCCCGCCUUGCAGCGGCCAAGGGCCUAUGUCUAUCGCUCGCACGAGCAGUCUCGCUGA